AUGGAUAGUGCUACCGGUCUGGGUGAAAUAAUUUACGCAAUAAACGCUGGUGGACCAGCUCAUACAGAUAUUCACGGCAUAUCUUACGAUAAAGAUCCUUUACAAGGUAGAGUCGGCACCGCUUCAGACUAUGGAAAACAGCUCGUAAUGAUCCGCCGGGUUGAUCAAAAAGAUGAAAUAUUAUACCAAACUGAGAGGUAUCACCAUAGUACUUUUGGCUACGAUAUUCCUGCAAACAGAGAUGGAGAGUAUGUCUUAGUGUUAAAGUUUAGUGAAGUGUACUUUAAUGCGCCAAAUAUGAAAGUAUUUGAUGUUGUGUUAAAUGGAGACCACACAAUUGUGGCUGACUUGGACAUAUAUGACAAAGUAGGACGUGGUGCAGCUCAUGAUGAAUAUAUACCAUAUUCUAUUAAACAUGGAAAAUUAUAUUACAAUGAAGAGGAAUCUGACAUUAGAGGGGGUAAAAUUAAAGUUGAAUUCAUUAAAGGUUACCGAGAUAAUCCAAAGAUAAAUGCCCUUUAUGUAAUGAGGGGCACAAUGGAUGAAGUUCCAAAACUCCCUCCCUUAGAAUGGCCGGAAAAUGAAGCUGAGGAGGUUAAAGAAGAGGUUGAAGAAAAAAUUACUACAUCACCAAGAGCGAGUGGUCCUAAGCAACCAGAUCCAUACACAAUGGAUGAAAGCUCAGUGCUAAUACCCGUCUUCAUCACAAUUGGUGCCUUUAUUCCUCUCUUGUUUUGCUUAUGUAAAUUA